AUGGGAUUCCUUGUCGACGACAGAAGCGUGAUCGGUGUAUCGAAUUUGGUGGUAGCCUCCGAUUACAAGGAUGCGAACGUGCUCGUCGAGAAGCUUCGCCAACGAAGAGAGAAUAGGGAGAGCAGCGAGGAUGAAUGUGGGCGAAGAAAGUUGGAGAGAAUGGUACAGAGAGAAAAAGGAAAGCAGGAAAAUAGGAAAAUACGUCGCUGCGCUAACGGACCGCUUAAUGGAUUAGGAGGAAGUAAACAUCAUCAAAGAGAAGAAAUUAAGCAGAAGUUGGCAACCGAUAAUCCUCCUAUUCUCUUUCCUCUCCUCGACUGCUCCCGAUUUCGUCAGAAUUGCAAUCCGAUACAAACACCACACACCAUCGCUAAAUAUUGGAUGUCUACAGGAAUGAAACCGAAGAUGAAGAAUCAUUAUAGAGCACAUCAGCUGUCGGUCUGGUUACGCCUCGUCCCAGAGCUUCAUCGUGCUGGAAUGGAGGAUGUCGAUUCCAGGCACAACUUGUUCCGUGGCCAUAGCGACCCCAGUCUGUACGACGGCUUCGUGAGACCGGAUCCUCUCAGCAGGAUCAGCGAAGAAUUCAAGAGGAAAAAUCUUAGCACGGAUCCACCAACCACGACGGAUUACAGCAUUACAACUUGCGUCAGCCUUAUUCCGGGCACCAAUCUUCAAAACGUCCAUAAUGCCAGCACCGACACCUUAGCCAGCUUAGACGCUGCUGGUUACGCAGCGUAUUCAACGGCUUUAAGCGUGACAAUCGCGAUCGGCUGCAGCCUGCUGAUUUUAAACGUUCUGAUAUUUGCGGGCGUUUAUUAUCAGAGGGAUAAAACGCGGCUUGAAGUGAAGAGCCUUCAGCAGCAACAGAUGUUGAAUCAACAAUGUGGCCCUCGUGGCUUUACUGAACUGAAACAGCCGCCACCCCCACAUUCUCAUUACGCCGGUGGGGGCCAAGUGAUCGUCGACGUUGAAAAUGAAAUGUUAAGAAGGAAUGUAAUGAAAGGUCCGCCUAACGAUUCCAGCGUUACAUUUCAAAGCCAAGGAACUCAUACACUGCCUCAUCAACAUCAUUAUCAAAAACAGCAUCAGCAACAACAUGCCACCCUUCCCCGAACUUCAGUUAUUCAAGACCUGAAUACGCAAACUCAAGGUCCUCCAAAUGGCUCCAUCCAUUUGACGGUUCCACGGGCUCCUCCACCGCCCAGAGCGAAGAGUCCACCAGAGAAUCAACCUCUUCUACAAAGCGCGACAGUUUCGAGUCGCGUGUCGCAGGCGGCAAUGAGCGAGAUGCGAGUGUGAUGCUUGGACCCCCCUCCGAAGCCAGUCGUCCCAGAUGUCCUCACGGCAUCGACCUUGCUCUAGGCGACUUGCCACAGACCUGUUGAAGAAAUGGCUACUGACACUUCGACGGGUUAAUGCAGGAUGUCCCAGGGAACGUGAGCUCCGGACGAACGGAGGGGGGUAUUGAAGAGAAGUUCCUCACUACUGAGGGAUGGUUGAGCCGAAAUUGCCGAGUCUACCGAAUAUGAAAAUGCGUAAUUAUGAAUUUAGAAAGACAGAGAUUGUUAUACUCAGCUGAGAAAAAAAUAUAAAUUAAGGACAUACGACUUUUAAAUCUAUUUUGUAAUCUCUC